AUGGCUUCGGGACCAAGCAAGACAGAAGCCGAGACGGUGCAAAUCGCUUCCACGGCGACGGAGACCAAAGAGACAACCACUGGAGAAUCCUCCGUCUCUUCCUCUCUCAACAAGGACAGGUCCGAUUCCGAAAGCAAUGAAAACUCUGCCGAGAGCGACGGAGGAGACGACGGUGAUUCAAAAAGCGAGCUACCGGUAUGGUUAGUGAAUGACUUCUACAAUGGAGGAUACUGCUCACCAGAUUCAGACUCUUAUACCGACGAAGAAGCUGAGCGUAAAGCACGUCUUUAUCGACGGAAUCUUCACCUUAGCCAUGGGUUUCUUGUGGAAGAAGGGACUGGUCCUAAACGUUGCCCAUCGACUGGUAUAGAUGUAAUCUAUCUUGAAUCUCUGGACGAUGAACAUUCUCCGGUUAAAGGAAUGACAGAGCUUCAAUACGCACAAGACAUGGCUAAACUGUCACUUCGCGAAUACAAUGACUCAAACGAAACCAAUGUGAAGUUUGAUCAUGUUGUAAGAGUGACAAGGUCUAAUAGUUCGUGGACUACUUCGUAUAUCACUUUUAUGGCGAAAGAGUCUGAUGAUACUCUUGUGGAGUAUCAAGCCAAGGUUGCCAAUAAAUCAACACACAAGACGACUUAUCCUAUCUAUUGCAGGCCAAGUCCGAAGAUUGAGUUCUAA